ACCUGGUGAUGGCCGGUGAACACUUCACGAGACUGACGGGACUCUUUUGUCUCCUCUAAAUGUAGCCACCGGACAGACACACACAGCAACGUUUAACCGUGAAGAAGUGACGUCAACCCGGUGAGAGAAGCAAACCUGACGGUAACAGGAGACCGGAGCCGGGAUGAGGAGUGUCAGAGACGAUGGAGAGGUGACGGAGGAGUCGGUUAAUCGGUUUACAACAGAGGCACCUCCCUCUGGGAUGUCCAAGAAUGGAUACUUCUUUCAAGAAAUGGAGCAGCGGGAGGUGGAGCAGGAGGAGGGCAGCGAGGGCCGAGAGGAAGGACAGGACUCGCCGAUCGCCUGCGGAGAUGACAUCCACCUCUAUGACAACCAGAUCAGCCCCGGGCCAGAUGCUGACGACUCCGGCUGUGUGUUACUGAACACAUCAAGAAAGUAUGUGAAGCUGAUGAACUUCGAGGAGGAGAUCCGGGCUCACCGGGACCUGGAUGGCUUCCUGGCCAGGGCCAGCAUCCUGCUGGAUGAGACGGCGGCCUCCCUGGAUGAUGUUCUGAAGAGGAUGCUGCACCACGUGGGCCAGGACAGCCACACAGCCGAGCCCAGCUGCAACUUCGAGGAGGUGAUGAGCAUGCUUUUCACAGACGCAGGAGCUCAGGAGGUUAACGACAAGUCUCAAAGUUUCGUUUUCUUUGACGACGUCCACCUGCUAUCAGAGACGAUCCAGGGAGUGACAGCGACCGCCACCGGGAUCCAGUACCAGCAGUCCUGGCUCUGCAUCCUCUGCAAUGUGAAGCAUCUCCAGAGGCGUCACGUGUGCAUCUCCCGCCUGGAGAGGCCGCAGAACUGGGGGGAGAACUGCUGCGAGGUCCGCUAUGUCAUCCUGAUCCUGGCCCCGCUCAAAAUGAAAAGCACCAAGACGGCGAUGGAGCUGGGCAGGACGUUCGCCACCCUCUUCUCUGACAUCUCCUUCAGGCAGAAGCUGCUGGAGACCAAGACGCAGGAGGAGUUUAAGGAGGCGCUGGUGUUCCAGAGGCACCAGUUGACAGCAACCAACCAGAACCCCAUCGCUCUGGGGAAGGAGGAGACCGACCCCCGCAGUCACAAGCCCCUCAAGUGUAAAGACUUCUUUAAAGCCGGCCGGGGGAUUUAUGAGGACUUGUGCCGCCGCCUGCCUUUCUACCCCUCGGACUUCACAGAUGGUGUAGUUGGCAGUAAUAAAACCCUGCUGAAGUACAUGACCACCGCCAUCUUCCUCUACAUCGCCAUCCUCCUCCCUGCCAUCGCUUUCGGCUCCCUCAAUGACGAGAGCACACGUGGCGAGAUAGAUGUUCGGAAGACCAUCAUCGGCCAGAGCAUUGGCGGGGUCAUCUACUCGCUGUUCGCCGGCUCUCCUCUAGUCAUCCCUCUAACCACAGCUCCCCUCGCCAUCUUCAUCAGCGUGAUCCGAGGAAUCUGUGACGACUACAACCUGGACUUCCCGGCUUUCUACGCCUGCAUCGGUUUGUGGAACUGCCUCUUCCUCAUCCUGGGAGGCAUCUUCAACGUCAGCCUGCUCAUGAAGCUCUUCAAAAGGUCGACAGAGGAGGUCAUCGCCCUCUUCAUCUCCAUAGCGUUUGUGGUAGACGCGGUGAAAGGCACAGUCAAAAUCUUUCACAGGUACUACCACGCCCCGACGCUGGCCAACAGAAGCAUAGAGACCUUCAGUCGGAGCGAAGACCUGCUCGGGGGAAACAGGAGCGAGGUGGCAGCCGGGCUCGCGCUCAACGCCCUCCCUGAAUCCCUCAUCCAGUGCACUCGAGAGAGGCCGGUGCUGUGCCUCCUGCUGAUGCUCGGGACGUUAUGGAUGGGCUACACCCUGUACCAGUUCAAACGGAGCCCGUUCCUGCAUGCCAAAGUGAGGGAGGUGCUGUCGGACUGCGCCCUGCCGAUCUCAGUGCUCAUUUUCUCCUUCAUCGGCUCCUACCUGUUCAGUGACAUUGAGCUUCCAGUCUUUAAAGUUCACGACCGGCCCGUCUUCAACGUGGCUCCAUUUGAGCGGUUGUCGGCCAUGAACGUGGUCAGCGCCAUGGGCCUUGGCUUCCUCCUGGCCCUCCUCAUCUUCAUCGACCAAAACAUUGUUGUCUCGUUGACCAACGCUCCGGAGAACAGGUUGCUGAAGGGCACGGCCUAUCACUGGGACCUAAUGCUCUCUGGGCUCAUUAACAUACUGAUGUCGGUGCUGGGGUUGCCCUGGAUGCACGCCGCCUUCCCCCACUCCACUCUUCAUGUGCGGCAGCUGGCUUUUGUGGAGCAGCGCGUGGAGGGGGGGCACCUCUAUGAGACUAUCGUCCAGGUGAAAGAGACCCGGCUGACGUCUCUGACUGCCAACAUCUUCAUCGGCGUGUCGGUGCUGCUGCUUCCUCUCCCGCUGCAGUGGAUCCCCAAACCCGUCCUGUACGGCCUCUUCCUCUACAUCGCUCUCACCUCCAUCGAUGGAAACCAGAUGUGCGACCGCAUGGCUCUCCUCCUCAAGGAGCAGACGUCUUACCCGCCUACCCACUACAUCCGCAAAGUGCCCCAGAGGAAGAUCCACUACUUCACCUUCCUGCAGAUGAUGCAGCUGCUGGUCCUCUGCACCUUCGGCAUGUACCCGAUACCGUACAUGAAGAUGAUCUUUCCUCUGCUCAUGAUCAUGCUGAUUCCAAUCAGGAACAACGUGCUUCCUCAUAUCAUUGAGGCCAAAUACUUGGACAUAAUGGAUGCCCAACACAUGUAGCUACGGACGGAGACGAGUUCUGGAUCCACAAAAAAGACGUCUGGAGUUUGAAAAAAAAGAAAAAAGAAAUGAGGAUUAAAAAACAACAACAACAUAUUUUUCAAUGCAAAACUGUACGGAAGCAACACGGAGAAAUACCGACUGUUUUGAUUUUUGUAUCCGAUAAGAACAUUCUUACAGGUGAAGCACUGGAAAUGUGGGAAGUGGCAUGAGAAAGAGAGAUGAGAGCCGUGGGAAAUGUUUCCAAACGUAGACAGACAGCAUCUCUCUGCCGAAGAACAGGACCGUCCAGAACUCCCUGUUUCACCUCUGUUUGAUCCUGUCAGCUCGUUCAGUGCCACAUACCUCCAUGUUCUCCUCUCAUACCUUCACAGUUUAUGGUUACAUGUUACAGUAUCCUUACAGGAGUGUGUUCAUCUGUGUGUUUGACGGAGGCCGAACACGGCAAACGCACCACAGCAACCCAAAAUAUUUCCAUCAGGAGAGGCGCUGCAGCUGCAGAGAAGAUACCAGUUAUAAAACACAUAGAAAUAUUCAGAGCAAAUAAAACAACAUAACUGUGCUGCAAAUGAAAACGUGCUGCAGAAAAUAAACAGAACAUUAACAGCAAUCAAGCUGCGAAUACAGAAAGGCAAAAACACACAAACCCUGAAAACAAAUGCAGCAGAUAAACACAACAGAAGUCCUCCAGGCCUGUAGGGGGAGCACUGAGAGGAACAGCCUGAUUCUGACCUGACACAGAGACCGGACCACACAGCUAUAAAUAAGUGUUUACAGUGUCGGAUGCAGGGCCUCGUUUGUUGCUCAGUGGCGCGUGGAGCAAAACACAUUAUUUCCAGGCAGAUAAUUUUUCGGUUAUUCCACGUUACCACCAGCAGGUGGGCGCGGUUUGUAACCCUAACCCUUCAAACCAAAUGUGGCUGCAUAUCUCCAGUCGUGAAGCCCAGAGACCAAGUGCACUUUAACCCUGCCUCCCACUGCUCUGUCUCAAGCUUGCUCACAUGAUGACAGUUCAUGAUCACUGUAGAUUUGGCGAUUAGUGAAUUAACAACUUUUAGGACUCAGUGAUUCACUCAGUGCUCCCCCUGCAGGCCUGGAGGACUUAUGUUGUGUUGACUAGAUAAACCAUCCCAUCCUCAGUGCGACCUCGUCACAUGUCCACGUUUGGUCACGGACUUUCAAGGUCCAAGGUACCCUGGGUGUGUUGGUUGUUGACGUUCUGGGAUGCCGUGUCAACACACGUGGUUACGUUUAGCCAACACACACACGUGGUUACGUUUAGCCGACACACACACGUGGAUACGUUUAGCCAACACACACACACGUGGUUACGUUUAGCCAACACACACACACACACGUGGUUAUGUUUAGCCAACACACACACACACAUGGAUACGUUUAGCCAACACACACACACACAUGGAUACGUUUAGCCAACACACACAUGUGGUUACAUUUAGCCGACACACACACACACGUGGUUACGUUUAGCCAACACACACACACACACGUGGUUAUGUUUAGCCAACACACACACACACAUGGAUACGUUUAGCCAACACACACACGUGGUUACGUUUAGCCAACACACACACGUGGUUACAUUUAGCCGACACACACACGUGGAUACGUUUAGCCAACACACACACGUGGUUACAUUUAGCCGACACACACACGUGGAUACGUUUAGCCAACACACACAUGUGGUUACAUUUAGCCGACACACACACGUGGAUACGUUUAGCCAACACACACAUGUGGUUACGUUUAGCCAACACACACACGUGGUUACAUUUAGCCGACACACACACGUGGAUACGUUUAGCCAACACACACAUGUGGUUACGUUUAGCUGACACACACACGUGGUUACGUUUAGCCAACACACACACGUGGUUACGUUUAGCCGACACACACAUGUGGUUAUGUUUAGUCAACACACACACACGUGGUUACGUUUAGCCAACACACACACACACACGUGGUUAUGUUUAGCCAACACACACACACACGUGGAUACGUUUAGCCAACACACACACGUGGUUACAUUUAGCCAACACACACACGUGGUUACAUUUAGCCGACACACACACGUGGAUACGUUUAGCCAACACACACAUGUGGUUACAUUUAGCUGACACACACACGUGGAUACGUUUAGCCAACACACACAUGUGGUUACGUUUAGCUGACACACACACGUGGUUACGUUUAGCCAACACACACACGUGGUUACGUUUAGCCAACACACACACACGUGGUUACGUUUAGCCAACACACACACGUGGUUACAUUUAGCCGACACACACACGUGGAUACGUUUAGCCAACACACACACGUGGUUACAUUUAGCCAACACACACACACACGUGGUUACGUUUAGCCAACACACACACGUGGUUACAUUUAGCUGACACACACACGUGGUUACAUUUAGCCGACACACACAUGUGGAUACGUUUAGCCAACACACACACGUGGUUACGUUUAGCCAACACACACACACACGUGGUUACAUUUAGCCGACACACACACACGUGGAUACGUUUAGCCAACACACACACGUGGUUACGUUUAGCCGACACACACACGUGGUUACAUUUAGCCGACACACACACGUGGAUACGUUUAGCCGACACACACACGUGGUUACGUUUAGCCAACACACACACACACACAUGGUUACGUUUAGUCAACACACACACACGUGGUUACGUUUAGCUGACACACACACGUGGUUACGUUUAGCCGACACACACACGUGGUUACGUUUAGCCAACACACACACACACACGGUUACGUUUAGCCAACACACACACAUGUGGUUAGGUUUAGCUGACACACACACGUGGUUACGUUUAGCCAACACACACACACACAUGGUUACGUUUAGCCAACACACACACACGUGGUUACGUUUAGCUGACACACACACGUGGUUACGUUUAGCCAACAUACACACAUGUGGUUGGGUUUAGGAAAAAAUAACAAGGUUUGUCUUUACAGUCUUACAGGAAGUGAACACCGGCCUCCUGGGUGAAAGUCUGUGGUUGUUGGACCCCCCCCCCCCCCCCCAU